GACUGUGAGGAGGAUUUGAAUAAUUUAAUCUGGGUUUUACCUGAGGAAGACAUUUGGAUUAUUCUUGUGAGGACAGCAGCUGAUGUGAUGAUGACCGCUCAGCCUGAUGCAGAGACAAACAGCUACAGUCCCCCCACCAUGCUGGGCAGUGAGGACAGUGAUGAAGAAUCCAGUCAAGAGGAGCGGCCAGUCAUAAACUGGAAUGAGCUGUCCAUCAUAGAGCGUGUAGGCCUCAACAGUGUGGAGAUGUCAGAGAGAGAUCUGGAGACGGCCUUCUCUCAGAUCGCUAUGGCCUUUCGCUGUGACCAGUACACCCUGAAGCAGAGGCUGCAGGCGGAGGAGCACGCCCGCAACCUGGCUGAGGAGAACAUCCAGCUGGAGCUGACCAGAGGCAGGGAGACCCUGGAGAUGCUGAAGGGCCUGUGUCUGGACAGUAAGCGCAGUAAGAUCCUGCAGAGGCUGGAGCUGUCUCUGGACAUCCUGGCUGGGACUGUGGAGCGAAUCUCCAACACAGCAGAGGUGCUUGGUGCUGUACACCAGGAGGCCCGGGUUAGUCAUGCCGUGGAGCUGAUGGUGGCUCAUGUGGAGAAUCUAAAGAGGCGACAUGAGAGAGAUGCGACAGAGCUGGAGGAGGCCAAGAAGACCAUCCAGCAGCAGACCUCCUGCAGAAGCAUCAUUGAUGGCAGAGCAUCACCAGAUCAAGAUGACAGUGGGGGCAGAAAGAAAAACUCUCAGCAGUUCUUCCAAAACAGUGGUCGUCGCAGAGUCAGUAUGUCACUGAUUCCCAGUCAAAUCCAGGAGGCUUUAAAAGGAGAAGUAAAGAAGCGAGCCGCUCCUCCGAGGUCCUUCAGCAAGGAGUCCUUCCUCACCUGCUCGUCUGCCCCCCUGAGCUCCAAGUUCAGCUGCCCUGCUGUUACCAAGGACGACGACUACUCAGUAGAUGACAGGCCAGUGGAUCCAGAUGAAACUCCGUCUGAAGCUCUAGCUGCUGCUGAGCCUCCUCCACCUCCCAACCCCAACGUCAACCCCACCCCAGAGUGCCUCCCAUCAAAACAACCGGCCAUCAGGAAGAUACACAAGAAAAGCUCCUCUAUGGAUACUCUGCGACACAGACACAAGGGCAAAGCUGAGCUAUCAAAGAAAAAAGCAGAAAAGGAUAAAAAGAGCACGAAUAUUUACCAACAACUUUCUGUGAGCACGUGUGGGUCUGUGUGGAGACAUCGUCCUCUGACUCACUGGUUGUACCGUUGUCGCUGGGCGCUCCUCUGCGUGUACCUGUUCGUGCUUUUGAGUGUCGUGACAUUAACUCUCUUCUUGUGGAAGCAUCAUGAGGACGCACCUGAGCCAUGAUCAGCAUGUUGUCUGAAGUCUGUGACUGUACUGUGAACAAUAAGUGUGUAGACCAGCUGAAACACCUCUUAUCAGUGUUUAUAUAUGAAU